GAAGGGGGACGGGCACGGCAGAGGUCCGUCGGGCACCGAUUUAGGGCUGGACCAGGAACCAGAAUAGUGGUGCACCAGGUAUCGGAGGAGGAGGAGCGAAGGGUGGAACGGGAACAGCAAUGACGACGACGACGACGCGAUUAGGGUUUGGAGGGAGGGGGACAUGCCAGCCCUGACCUCAACAGCGCCUUCCCACCCACGCCCCUCGGCCAUGGACACUUUGUAUUGCACCAGCUCGCGCUUCCUGAUCUAUCGUCUCUGCCCUCUUCUGCCUCUCAGCUCUCUGCCCCCUUUGUCACUUCCUCGCCGCGCCCUUCCUUCCUUCCCUCACCUUUCUUCUUCUUCUUCUUAUUCCUCCUCACCUCCUCUCACUCCUCGUCAACGCGCUCGCUUUGCCUCCCUCUCGCGUAAGCCCAUGGCUGCCGUGGAGGGAGCCGCCCCUGCUCUUGCCCCUGGUGCUGCUCCUGGGCUGGACUUGGAGGAUGUCGGAAUUGGCAGCGUGCGACAGCAGGUCGUGAAUCUAGUGAGAGAAGCGUUGGCUACCACUGUGCCAGAUGUGGAAGACAUUGAGCCGCAAGUGGCGGUUUGUGGUAAUCCCAAGAAUGGAGACUAUCAGUGUAACAACGCAAUGGGGAUCUGGUCGAAGAUUAAGGGGAAGAAUACUUCUUUCAAAAACCCUAACGCCAUUGGACAGGCUUUGGCAGGGAGUUUGCCUCGCUCAUCAUUGACAGAUAGUGUGUCUGUUGCUGGGCCUGGCUUUGUUAAUAUCAAGCUGUCGGACAGGUGGAUUGAGAAGAAACUUCAUCAAUUAUUGUCACAUGGAGUUGGAGAAUGGGCGCCUGCGCUGUCCUACAAGCGAGUAGUGGUUGACUUUUCAUCUCCGAAUAUCGCAAAGGAGAUGCAUGUCGGUCAUUUGAGGUCUACAAUCAUAGGCGACAGCCUUUGUCGGAUGUUGGAGUACUGUGGCGUGGAAGUAUUGCGAAGGAAUCACGUCGGUGAUUGGGGAACUCAGUUUGGAAUGUUGAUCGAGUACCUGUUUGAGGAGUUUCCUAAUUGGGAGGAGAUUGGUGAUCAAGCAGUUGGAGACUUGCAGGAUUUUUACAAGAAAGCAAAAAUCAAGUUCGAUGUUGAUGCUGCUUUUAAAGAAAAAGCUCAGAAAGCCGUCGUGCUUCUUCAGGGAGGUAAUCCACAAUACCGAGCAGCGUGGGCAAAGAUAUGUGAUGUGAGCCGAAAGAGUUUUGAUCAAGUCUAUAAACGACUGAAAGUUACCCUGGAAGAGAAGGGUGAGAGUGCAUACAACGAGUACAUUCCAGGUGUGGUUGAGGAGCUGAAAGGAAAAGGGCUUGUAGAGGACAGUGAGGGUGCUAAAGUCAUCAAAGUUUCUGGCCAAACCAUUCCUCUUAUAUUGGUGAAGAGUGAUGGCGGUUUCAAUUAUGCCUCUACAGAUAUGACUGCUAUGUGGUACCGUUUGAAUGAAGAAAAGGCUGAAGUGAUGGUAUAUGUUACAGAUGUGGGUCAGUCCCAGCAUUUUGAUAUGGUCUUUAAGGCAGCUAAACGUGCAGGGUGGUUGCCAGAAGAUGAAUCCCAACUUCCACGAGCCAGGCACGUUGGGUUUGGUCUAGUGCUUGGUGCCGAUGGGAAGCGAUUCCGAACUAGAAGUACUGAGGUUGUUCGCCUUGUGGAUCUUCUUGACGAAGCCAAGGAUCGUAGCAAGCAGGGGCUCGUCGAGAGAGGACGUGAAGGCGAGUGGUCUGCCGAGGAGCUAGAGGAAGCUGCAGAGGCUCUGGGCUAUGGCGCCAUUAAAUAUGCGGAUUUGAAGAAUAACAGGUUGACAAAUUAUACCUUCAAUUUCGACCAAAUGUUGGACAUUCGGGGCAACACAGCAGUCUAUUUGUUGUAUGCUCAUGCCCGAAUCUGCUCCAUAAUUCGAAAAUCUGAAAAGAAUGUCGAGGAGCUCAAGAAGACUGGACAGAUGAAGCUACAACAUCCAAGUGAGAGAGCAUUGGGUUUGCAGUUGAUUCGUUUUGGCGAGUUUGUGGAAGAUGCUGCUUCGGACCUUCUUCCAAACGUUCUGUGCGAGUAUCUCUACACUCUUUCGGGAAUGUUCACAGAUUUUUACACCAACUGCAAAGUUGUCGGCUCUGAAGAGGAAACUAGUCGACUGUUGCUAUGCGAAGCUACUGCAGUCAUAAUGCGGGAAUGUUUCAAGCUUCUUGGUAUCGAGCCUCUAUACAGAUUAUAAUCGUAUUAGUUCAGGAUCAGCUAGAUCUAUGUGGAAUAUCCAUUAGGUUCGGAAUUGCUUGGUAUUUAACAUGCGCCUUAUUUAUAGGUUUGCCUUGCGGCAGCAACAUCACGGAGCUACCGAAAUUUAACUUUUUAUGGACAUGUUGAAGCUGACACUAUUCAUUGAUGUUCACAUAAUACAUCCAUUAUAUGUCAGUCGAUUUUCUGGGUGAAUCCGGUUGCAAGUCUAGUGUACUGUAGUUCUGUGGAACCUAAAUUCUUCGCUGCCGUGACUCUACUCACGUAAGGUUUCGAAGUU